AUGUUUUUGCUAUAUGUUCUGUUGACGGCAAGUCUAUACCAUGGUCAAUUUCAAACUACAGCUCAAUCAACAACACCAUCACCCAGUUUAGCCUUGGCGACAUGUAAUUCAACUCUUUGUAAAUGGUCAUCUAUGUCCUGUUCUUCGAAUCUCGAUUGUGAAUGUUUUUCAUUGACCAAUACUGUUAAUGGAACUGUCUCGGGCAUUUGUGCUGUUGCCGAUCUUUCCUGCACUUCAAUGAUUCGAUGUAAUUCAGACAAUAUUACAUGUUCAAUUGCACAAACAAUUUGUGUUAACAGUACACGAUGUCAACAACCUGUUUGUUAUCCAAUGGCAUUGGCUAAUAUUCAAAUAUGUCCUCCAAAUCGAAUAACAACUCUGAUUCCAACAGUUACGAAUGCAACAACGAGUUCAAACUUACCAACGUUGGCUACAACUCGUCCUACUAGUACAACAACAACUUCUAGAAUUGUUGGCGGAAUUUAUGGCAAUUUAUAUUGGAAAACUGCAGAACUGUUCGAUCCAUUAAGAGGACUUUGGACAGUUACUGGCAAUAUGAGUACUUCGCGUUCGUAUCAUACAGCAUCGAUACUAAACAAUGGAAAAGUUUUAGUUGCCGGCGGAAUCAACGCUAAUGGUAGUUUGAAUACAGCAGAACUAUUCGACCCAUCAACAGAACUUUGGACACAGACGGGCAGCAUGAGUAUUCCACGUGACAAUCACGUAGCAACGACAUUAACUGAUGGAAGAAUCUUAGUUGUUAGCACGAUGGCCUCCAGUAACAUUGAAAGGACGGCAGAAAUUUACGAUCCAUCAACAGGACUUUGGAUGCUGACUGGCAAUAGGAGUAUUGCACGACUCAAUCCGACAGCAUCAACACUAACCAAUGGCAAAGUCCUACUUGCUGGUGGAUUUAAUAUCGAAAACUAUGGAAAUACUGCAGAACUUUUCGAUCCAUCAACUGGACUUUGGACAUAUUCCCUAGACUGA